AUGGCCGACGACGGCGACGAGUACCCAUCCUGUGAUGCUUGUGAGGAAGCUGCUUAUGGCGCGCUGUGGGGAGCUUUUGUGGCCGACGCCGCUGGCGCGGUGCUGGAGUUUGCGCCAGCAGAAUGGGACCGUAGCGGUGCCCGCCAUGCCAUGACCCUGCCUGGAGGGGGGAAGAACAACCUGCGUCGCGGACAGGUGACCGACGACUCGGAGAUGGCGCUUGCGCUCGGUCUGGCCCUGGCCGAACAGCCUCUUGCCAAUCGGGCCAGCUGUUUUCCGGCUAACGCCGUGGCGCUCGCCUACGGCCGAUGGAAGGCGAGCAACCCGCCAGACAUCGGCAACACUGUGCGCGCGUCCGUCGGCGUCGCCGCGCCGCGUGGGCGGCAAGCUCGGCCGUCCCCAUCGAUCGUGCCAGUUACGGCGGCGCUGAUGGCCAAAACUGCCGCCCGCCGAUCAAUGGCUUCACUGGGCAACGGCGCGCUCAUGCGCGCCAUACCGCUCGCAAUCUGCUUUGCAUUUGCUCCUCUCGCCGUCAUCGUCGAUGCCGCCGCCUCCGACGCGCGGUUGACCCAUCCUAACCUCAUCUGCGUUGCUGCCAAUGUCGCAUACAUCGCUGCACUUGCCACGCUCAUCGCGUCUGCGUCACAUUGUGGGGUCGUAGACCUUGCGGCGCGACAGGCCGCAGCCCGCGAGUCGGCAGAGGCAGCGCUGGCUGAGCUCGCAGCCCAGAGCGAGGGUUCCGACGAACUCGACCUCCGUCCGCCGGCUCGGUGGCCACGUUCGGUGCGGCUUUGUGCUUGCGUUCCGGACUCUGGCGGAUCCGGAGCCUGAGUACGUUGCCACGGUGGAGGCUGUUCUCGCGCUCGGCGGCGAUACCGAUACCAACGCAGCGAUUGCCGGCGGUAUGGUUGGCGCCCUUGUCGGGCACUGCAGCUUGCCACACGCCAUGGUUGCCACCGUCCGCAAGUGUCGGCCCAAGACUCGACCCAAGUGGCUGCACGCGGCACAGGCAGAUGGCAUGCUGGCAUCGCUUACAUCCAGUUGGCCCGAAAGGCGCGACAAAAGUCCUUAAAGCCUUCGCGGGACGAGAGUGAGAUGCGCGGCGAUGCGAGGAGCUGCGCCGGCCGGGCGGUGCCUGAAAGGAACGCCACUGCCUGAGCUUUGUUCAGCCGAAUGCCGGUGAGGUACGCCGACGGCGGAAGCUCGGCCUUGACGAUUGACACGGCGUCGGCGCCAAUGACCACAUCGACGUCGGG